UCUCUCCCUUGGACAACAAUAUAUAUAUAAUAGAGUUUGUGCCUCCUUUGCCCUCCUCCCAGAAUCUCCUUUUCUCAUUCUUCUCUGCACCUAUCAAUCAUUCAUCUCAGCAAGAACAAGUUCCCUUACACAACAAACACAAGUUUCUUUUUCCCUUUUUAAAAUUUCUUCAUCAUCAUACAUACAGAAAGAAGAAAAAUGAAGGCAGCAGCUGAACUAUACUACACUGGAUGUGAAGACCACCACUACCAACCCCAUUUUCUUGAUGCUUGCACUCUUUGCCAGAGAACCUUAGCUCACAACCAUGACAUCUUCAUGUACAGAGGGGAUACACCAUUUUGUAGCCAAGAAUGCAGGCAAGAGCAGAUAGAAAUGGAUGAAGCUAAUGAAAGAAAAUGGAAAAUUGCUUCAUCAAAGAGAUCUUCAAGAACAAAAACAGAGACCCCCACUACUAAAGAAUCUGAUGCAAAUAAAGCUGUACGAAAUGGCACUGUUGCAGUCGCUUGAUUCUUCACUAAUCUUGAUGACGAUCAACGAAGCUAUAAGUCGAAGAAAUUUAAAUAAAAAGACAGUAAAUAUGGCUUCUGAUUGAGGAUAUUAAGUAAAAUAAGGAAGAAUUUUGAGUACAGAAAUCUUAUGUAAAGAUAUGAUGGGAAUCACGAACAAGAGUGAAUCCCAUCAAACAAUUUUGUUGAAUCUUUUUUUUUUUCUUUUUUGCGGUUUCUAAUUUUCGUUUUGUCAAAUAUUGUGGAGUGUCUGUAAAAAUGGGCGUCCAUAUAUGGAAUCUGAGAUCUCUAGUUUUUUGUAA